AUCCAAUCGGUUGCAACAAUUCCCGGAGAACCGAGAGCCCCCAAAAUCGUGACAGCUGAUGUCCCCGGACCCAAGUCCCAAGCUUUGCUGAAAGAACUCGACAAAGUGCAGCAAACUGGUGGCGUGUCCCUGUUCAUGGACUACAAGAAAUCCAUAGGAAAUUACGCUGCUGACGUUGAUGGGAAUUUAUUGCUUGAUUGCUUCACGCAAAUCGCCUCCCUUCCCCUGGGCUACAGCCACCCGGCAUUGAUGAAAGUCGCCUCCGAUCGCGAUAAUGCAGCAGUUUUUGUGAACCGACCCGCUUUGGGAAUGUUUCCUUCUGCCGACUGGCCAGAGCUGCUGCAGAAAACCCUGAUGUCUGUUGCGCCUAAAGGGUUGGACGAAGUCAUCACAAUGGCGUGUGGGUCGUGUUCGAAUGAGAACGCCUUCAAGUGUUUGAUGAUGAAUAUGGCCGACAGGAAACGCGGUGGAGCGGACUUUUCGCAGAUUGAUUUAGACACUUGCUUGAUCAACUUGCCUCCAGGGUCCCCCAACUACUCUAUAUUAUCUUUCAAAGGUGCUUUUCACGGAAGGACUUUCGGGGCUCUCUCGACAACCCAUUCCAAGCCAGUUCACAAGCUGGACCUUCCCGCAUUUGAUUGGCCCAUUGCCUCGUUUCCAAUUUACAAAUAUCCACUGGAAGAGUUCAAGAGCGAAAACGAAAUAGUGGAUCGAAGAUGUCUGGAGGAAGUGCAGAUGCUGAUUGAACAAAGGGUGAACACGGGUACAGACGUGGUAGGGGUUGUCGUCGAACCAAUCCAGAGUGAAGGAGGAGAUCAUCACGCAUCACCCGAUUUCUUGCGAAAAUUGCAGGCUAUAACGAAAAAGGCUGGUAUUGGAUUUAUUGUGGAUGAAGUCCAGACUGGUUGUGGUAGCACCGGGAAAAUGUGGAGCCACGAACACUACAACCUAGAUGGUCCUCCCGACAUCGUUACAUUCAGCAAGAAAAUGUUGACUGGUGGUUUCUACCUCAAAAAGGAAUACAGACCUAAGCAAGGAUACAGGGUGUUCAACACAUGGAUGGGGGACCCCGGGAAGAUGUUGCUGUUGGAUGCAGUUUUGCAGACUAUCAAGACUGAUAAUCUGCUUAAAAAUGUGACUGAAACCGGCAAAUAUAUCCUUUCUGCACUUGAAGAUCUUCAGGCUCGUUAUCCACACUGUUUCAACUCCGCACGUGGGCUGGGAUUCAUUUUGUCUGUCAACUGUUUCACCGUGGAGCGCCGGGACAGGUUGAUCCAUAAAUUGAGGAAAAAAGGUACGAAAAAAAAAUCAGUCAAGCAAGCAAAAUUUAUUGGAGUAAUAUCCUAAUGGGCAAAUGAAAACAGAC